CGUGACUUUACCAACCAUCAGCAAUGCAGGUUGUGCUUGUUGUUAUGGUUGCGCUUUGCGCCAUUGCCAGUGCCACAGCUGUGCACAAGACGCCCAUGGCUCCGCCCGAGCAGUACUACGUUGAGCUCGAGGUGACGAUGCCGACGUUCCCGAUCGCCAAGGAGAAGAUCGAGAUCUGGUAUGACGGCAAGAGCGGCAACGAGUACGUGUCGUACGACGACGACCUCGACGCCAACGUGUUCAUCACCCAGGACGGCCACCAGCGUGCGUACCAGAUCUCGCCGCAGGGCACUUCUGCCGACGACGUCAAGUACACGUGCAUCACGUCGGGCAUCAACCUCUCGCCGUUCAUGUUCUCGGCCUUCCCGUACCAGCUGGAGAAGUUUGCGUACAAGCGGACCGAGUCGCUGGGAGGUGUGUCGGCUGACGUCUUUGUCUUUAACGACCCGCCGGCCGGCUUCCCCGACGCCAUCAACAACAUGACGUACUGGGCCGACGCGUCAACUGGCGCGCCGCUCAAGUACGAGGUCAUGGGCUACUACGGCCAGGCCGAGAACUACCUCAACGGGCCCAACUACGACUACUUUGUGACGACGUUCUCCAACUACAAGCCCAACUACGUCAACGCGUCCAAGUUUGCCCUCCCCAAGAUCUGCGCCGCCGACUCGGUCGUCGUCUCGCCGUCAGUCGCCUCGCCGCGCAUGGUCGCCUCGCGCUUCCACCUCGCUGCCGUCGACUCGCACGACAUGCUUGUCGAGUACAAGGCCGCGGCCGGGCGGUCGUACGCGCACGACUCUGAGGAGCAUGUGGCGCGCAAGGCCUCGUUUGCGCGCAACCUCGCGCAGAUCCACCUCCUCAACAACGAGCACAACACGGCGCGGUUCGGGCUCGGCAACUUUGGCGACUACCACGCCGACGAGCUCAAGGCGCUCCGCAUGCCGGCGACCAAGCGCGGCACGCUCGACGCCGACGCCAUUGUGUACAAGCCCAAGACCAAGUCCAUCGCCGAGCUGCCCAAGGCCGUCGACUGGCGGACCAAGGGCGCGGUUGGCCCGCUCAAGGAGCAGGGCCUUGUGGGCACUUGCUGGUCGUUCGGCUCGGCCGAGGCCCUCGCCACGGCGUUCUUCCUCAAGCACGGCCUGCAGGACGGCAAGUUUGUGCAGUUCUCGGAGCAGGCUCUCAUCGACUGCUCGUGGGCGUACGGCAACCAGGGCGUGAACGGCGGAACUGCCAAGGGUGCGUACAAGUACGUCGAGGCCGCCGGCGGCCUGCCGACCGAGGACGACUACCCGUACCUCAUGAACGACGGCAUCUGCCACAACAAGGGCCCGUGGAACCUCACCAUGUCGCACCACGAGGACAUCACGCCGUUUGACCUCCACGCCACCCUCGACGCCGUCGCCAACCACGGCGGCCUCGCCAUUGCCGUCGACACCACCCCGGCCGUGUGGACCUGGUACCACUCGGGCGUCGUCUCGGUCAAGGGCUGCAACCCGGUCUCGCUCGAUCACGAGAUCAUGCUCGUCGGCUACGAGAUCCAGGACGACCCGCUCAACCCGGUCUUCAUCGUCCGCAACUCGUGGUCCCGCGAAUGGGCACCUACACCGCCAACGCCCGCAACGCCGACGGCGGUGGCUACAUGUACAUCACCCACGACUCGCACUGCGGCGUCACCACCUCGGCCGUCCUGCCGUUUGUCAACUAAGCUGUAAAUGACCGC